GUCAAAGCUUGAAUAAGGUAUGUUAAGAUGAGAAAUUCUACGAGAAAUUGAAUAUUUAAACAUCCUUUAAGUUUUAAACUUAAAAUGUUUGUUAUUAAAUCAAAUUAUUUCUUUGUCUUCUAUUAUGUAGUUGUACAUUAGUAUUUUUUACAUAUAUUUGGUCUGUUUAUAAAAACUAAAUUGUGGAUAUUCACAAUGUACAAUAUAUUCUCGAAAUGGCAAAACAAAAAGGCGAGAAAAAAGGCAAAUCCGCUAUUAAUGAAGUAGUCACUAGAGAAUAUACAGUAAAUCUUCAUAAAAGAUUACAUGGUAUUGGAUUUAAAAAGCGUGCACCUCGUGCAAUUAAAGCAAUUCGCCAAUUUGCUGAAAAACAAAUGUGCACACCCGAUGUACGAAUUGAUACAAGACUUAACAAACAAUUGUGGUCCAAAGGAAUAAGAAAUGUUCCUUUCCGUAUUAGAGUUCGUCUUUCAAGAAGGAGGAAUGACGAUGAAGAUUCUGCCAAUAAAUUGUACACACUCGUCACAUACGUUCCUGUAGCUACAUUCAAGGGAUUACAAACUGAAAAUGUUGAUGUCAGUCAAGAUAAUUAAAAACUUGGUUUUUUAA